AUGAGUUGUCUUGUUGGUGUUUGGUCCCUUUUGGAAAGUGAUGACGAUUUGAGUCGUAGAGUUGAUUUGACUUUGCAGAGUAAUGUUUGUAUUUCGCAUAUUUAUGGAUUUGUAGGCCCUGGUGAAUCAUUAUCUCGCAAGAUGUACCAGGCUAUUCCACGGUGUUCUGCUUCAAGUACAUUGAUUCGUAUAUUUCGGUGGUGUAACAUAAGACGAUGCUAUUCACCCAUGUUUGUUGAAACAGCGUCAACGGAGAUAUCGAAACCGAAAGACAGCGAAUUGCAAAAAAGGAAAGAUCCAACAAUGCUUGAGGAAGUCGAUAUUAAGAGUUUACCGAGAGCAGAAAGAAGACAUGUGGAGGAAUUUUUAAAGAUGAGCGAAACAAGAGCAGUUGCUAUGAAAAAAUUGAGCUAUAAGAAUUUGGCUACGUUUUUUGUGCUUUUUGGUUUGGCAAUGGGAGUUUAUACAUACACAUAUAGUGGACUUAAGCAAGAAACUUUCCUAGAAGAAAUUGAUAAAGAGGUGGCAACGGAAUUAGCCGAAAAAACAAAAGAAGAUUGAACGUAAAUAUGUGUUGUCGAACGAAAGAAUUUAUUCUUUCAUAUAUCAUUUGAGCUUUAU